AUAUGUUUGGCAUUGUAGUAUGAAGUCAACUUCUGGGUUUAAAUAAUAAUAUAUUUAACUAGGAUGACAAAAAUCAAAACUCAUAAGGAACAAAAAAAGUCUUGGAUUUUUCUUUCCGUCGAAAGAAAUUUAGUGAUGAAAAGAACCAGACAAACAAUACGUUAAACAAUGUCGAGAAAAUCCCUAUUCGGAAGAAAGAAAUCUUUAGAUUUUACAAGUGCAUGUUUGCAGGAUUCUGUAAUCCAGAAAGAGACAACACUGAAAAGUUCUGUGAUUUUGUGUGACGAAGAUUCAGGACUUGGUAUGGAAGAAACAAUGCAGUCAAGUGAGAGUCCAUUUCUGUGCAGUAGUUUCGGAGGAUUACUAACGAUUUUUGAUGAAGAUACACACGACACAAGCUUAUCCGAGUUACAAGGUAAGCUGACAAAAUUGAAAAGUGGAGAUCCAAAACUAGCCAAGAGAUCGUUAUUUCACCAGAAACGACUUCUCGACACAGACACUCCCAAACUGCCAAGCAAAAGACCAUGCAGACCAAGACCUCAAAGAAUUUUGAAGAAAUCUCUAUCGUUCGGGGACUCUCCCAAAAACAAUGCAAAUAUAUCAACCGAUGUUGUGAAUAAAUUGUUUGAAGUGGACCACCUUGUUGCUGACGGCAGCCGACCAUAUUGUCUACCCACAAUCCACGGCAAAAACAAAGAUUUGAAAAGCAUUACCCCAGAAACAGUUGCCGAUUUAGUAUCAGGAAAAUUUGACGACAGAAUUGAUAGCUACAGAGUCAUCGACUGCAGAUAUCCAUUUGAAUACGAUGGCGGACAUAUUAAGGGCGCUGAAAAUUUAUACACUCAAGAAGCAGUGACAGCGCUGUUGGAACAGAGAAAUGUAGCCAUGCACAGUUCUGAGGAAAAAUCAAAUGUUUUGAUCUUUCACUGUGAAUUUUCAUCAGAAAGAGGACCAAAACUAUGCAGGUUUCUAAGAAAUAAAGACCGAGAAAUAAACGCUGAAAACUAUCCACAUUUGACGUAUCCAGAAGUAUAUCUUCUUGAAGGUGGUUACAAAGCUUUCUAUCCAGAUCACAUGAUGUUGUGCGAACCAAUGAGCUACAAAUCAAUGUUUCACAAAGAUCACGCUGAAGAUGUACGCCACUUCAGGUCUAAGUCCAAAUCCUGGACAGCUGGUGAAAAGAAGAAAAAUUUGAACAGAAUACUAUUCUGAUCUCAAAGUUCAUCUGAUACAACAAGAUAGUGCUUAAUAUAAACUGAAAUCCAUUUAAUUUAUUUGUUAGUAAUGUAUCUUUCUUGUAGGAUUAAUUUGUCUGAAGUUGAAUAUUUAUUAUUUU